GAUUCUGCGCGUACUCAUUCGUGACACUGUACCUCUCAGUGUAUGUUCCUUCUCUGUCAUAAAGUGUUCAUUCUGCUUUUCUACGUUCAAUAAAUUUAGAAUAAAAUUAUUAAAUAAAUAAAGAGAGAUAAAAAAAAAUGUCUUUAGACGAGAAAUUUACCAAAGCAAGCGAGGAUGUGAAAAAACUUUCUUACAAGCCUUCGAAUGCUUGUUUACUCGAAUUGUAUUCAUUGUAUAAACAAGCAACAGUCGGUGACUGUGAUACAGGUAAACCAAACAUUUUGGAAUUUGAAAAAAAGGCUAAAUGGGAAGCAUGGAACAAAAUAAAAGGUAUGAGUCAAGAUGAAGCAAAAGAAAAAUACAUUACUAAAGCCAAUGAAUUAAUGAAACUCGAUGAAAAGAAUGAUUCAUAAAUUGAAAAUGAAUUGAUUGAAUCGUCCAUUAAUAAAUAUAAGCAAUUGCUUGAAUUUUAAUUUUGGUAAAUAUAUAAUUUUGGGAAUAAAGAUAUAUGUUACGCCUAAGCUAUAUAUACAUUUUUUUUGUUAAUAUAUAUUUCUAAAUGUUUAUAUAUAUAUAUAAUUUUUUGUUUUCAUAAUCUAACAAAAAAAGAAUUUAGGCAAGUUUUGUGUUAAAAUAAUUAUCUAAACUUUUGCACAAUUUCGUAUGUAUCCUAUUUAUGUGAGAAACACGACACUAACAAUAAGUUAUACUAUGUGCAUGAUGUGCAAGAGCAUAUUUUAUAUCUCACGUUAUAAAAGCAUUAACAAAUUUACCUUGUUUAUAAGAAGAAUAUACAUAUUCUUUGUAUAUAUUUAAAUAAAAAAAUAAAAAAUAAAAAU